AUGGCUUGCUACGACCUGUGCUCCACCUCCGCCUGUGGCGUCUACCGCCCCCAGCCCCUCGCUGACAGCGGGAAUGAGCCGUGCGUCCGUCAGUGCCCGGACUCCACCACUGUAAUCCAGCCACCUCCAGUCGUCGUCACCUUCCCCGGCCCCAUCCUCAGCUCCUUCCCCCAGGGUUCAGUUGUGGGGUCCUCUGGAGCACCCAUCCUUGGGGGCUCUGGGGGUUAUGGGGGCUCCCUUGGCUAUGGGGGUUAUGGCUCCCUGGGCUAUGGGGGUCUGGGGGGCUAUGGGGGCUCCUCCCUGGGCUAUGGGGGUCUGGGGGGCUAUGGGGGCUCCUCCCUGGGUUACAGGGGUCUGUAUGGCUAUGGUAGAUCCUACAGUUCUGGCUCUUGCAGCCCUUCCUCCUACCGGUACAGCAGGUACCGCCGUGGGAGCUGCGGGCCCUGCUAG